GGGGAAGUACGCAGGGCAUGAUCGUAUGGAAAGUAGGGAGCGAAGAACUUAGUAUCUGGGUUCUGGCCUUUCUACCAUGCACAGCACAGCCUCAGCAGGGCAGGACCCCGAGGGGGCAAGCUUGUUGCACUGGAACCGCCUCUCUGAGUGAGGGACUCCAGAGAUGAUUGUGCAUCCCCUUCACCUGGCUUCUGUGGGCUGCUGGUCACCUCUCUUUGGCCUAUGGAUGCUUAAGUCAUCACACUUCAGAGGCACGCCACAAAGCAGAAGUCUGCUGAGCCGUCACAUUAAACUCUGUUUGAACUGGUUUCAGGAGGCCUGGAGUUAACCUCGAAAACACCAUUUUGGUUUUACGUCUGAAGGCUGGAGGCACAGAUGAGCAGUCAGGCAUUUUCAGAAUAGGGCGUGAAAUCACCACUGACUCAUUGUAUUUGAAGGAUGAAUGAAAUGAACCUGAGCCCAGUGGGGAUGGAGCAGCUGACUUCAUCCUCCGUGAGCAAUGCCUUGCCAGUCUCCGGGAGUCACCUGGGCUUGGCCGCGUCCCCCACUCACAAUGCCAUCCCUGCUCCAGGCCUGCCGGUGGCAAUCCCGAACCUGGGCCCCUCCCUGGGCUCGCUGCCUUCCGCCUUGUCCCUGAUGCUCCCCAUGGGCAUCGGGGACCGAGGGGUGAUGUGUGGGCUGCCCGAGAGGAACUACACCCUCCCCCCGCCACCGUACUCCCACCUGGAGAGCAGUUACUUCAGAACCAUCCUGCCCGGCAUCUUGUCGUAUUUAGCAGACCGACCGCCCCCGCAGUAUAUCCACCCCAACUCCAUAAAUGUCGACGGUAACGCAGCCUUGUCCAUCGCCAACAACCCUUCGGCGCUCGAUCCCUACCAGUCCGGUGGGACCGUCGGAUUAGAACCGGGCAUCGUGUCCAUGGACUCGCGCUCCGUCAGCACGCACGGGGCCCAGAGUCUCCACGCUGGCGAUGGCCACGAGGUGGCCUUGGAGAGCACGAUCACCAUGGAGAACGUCUCUCGGGUGACCAGCCCCAUCUCCACCGACGGCAUGGCGGAGGAGCUGGCGAUGGACGGUGUGGCCGGAGAGCACCCCCCGAUGCCCAGCGGCGCCCGCAGCCACGAGGCGCUGGCCGUGGAGUCCGUGGGCAGCAGCCUGGCCGCGGACCCCGUGGGCCACGGCGCCGUGCUCCCCCUCCACGGCAACGGCCUGGAGCUGCCCGUGGUCAUGGAGACGGACCACAUUGCCAGCCGCGUCGGCGGGAUGCCGGACGGUGCCCUGGGGGACUCCAUGCACACCGUGGCCAUGAGCAGCAACUCCGUAAGCGUGGCACUCUCUACCUCACACAACCUCGCCUCCCUAGAGUCCGUUUCCCUUCACGAAGUUGGCCUCAGCCUCGAGCCCGUGGCCGUCUCCUCCAUCACCCCGGAGGUUGCCAUGGGGACAGGCCAUGUAGAUGUGGCUACCGACAGUCUUUCUUUUGUACCACCUUCUCUGCAAAUGGAAGACUCCAAUUCGAACAAGGAAAACAUGGCAACCUUGUUUACGAUUUGGUGCACGCUGUGUGACCGAGCCUACCCGUCAGACUGUCCUGAGCACGGGCCUGUGACCUUCAUCCCCGACACUCCGAUCGAGAGCAGAGCCAGGCUGUCUCUCCCGAAGCAGCUCGUUCUCCGCCAGUCCAUCGUAGGAGCGGAUGUUGGCGUGUGGACGGGAGAGACCAUUCCAGUGCGAACGUGCUUUGGGCCUCUCAUCGGCCAGCAGAGUCACUCCAUGGAAGUAGCCGAGUGGACGGAUAAGGCAGUCAAUCAUAUCUGGAAAGUCAGUAUCUACCACAAUGGAGUUCUAGAAUUCUGCAUCGUCACGACUGACGAAAAUGAGUGUAACUGGAUGAUGUUUGUGCGCAAAGCCAGGAACCGGGAGGAGCAGAACUUGGUGGCUUAUCCCCAUGAUGGAAAAAUCUAUUUCUGCACUUCACAAGACAUCCCUCCUGAAAACGAACUGCUCUUCUAUUACAGCCGGGAUUACGCGCAGCAGAUCGGUGUCCCUGAGCACCCGGACGUGCACCUCUGCAACUGUGGCAAGGAGUGCAAUUCCUACGCGGAGUUCAAAGCCCACCUGACGAGCCACAUCCACAGCCACCUUCCCAGCCAGGGCCACGGCAGCAGCCACGGGCCCAGCCAUGGCAAGGAGAGGAAGUGGAAGUGCUCUAUGUGCCCCCAGGCGUUCAUCUCCCCAUCCAAACUGCACGUCCACUUCAUGGGCCACAUGGGCAUGAAGCCCCAUAAGUGCGAUUUCUGCAGCAAGGCCUUCAGCGACCCCAGCAACCUGCGGACCCACCUCAAGAUCCACACGGGUCAGAAGAACUACAGGUGCGCGCUGUGUGACAAGUCCUUCACCCAGAAGGCCCACCUGGAGUCCCACAUGGUCAUCCACACGGGCGAGAAGAACCUCAAGUGUGACUACUGCGACAAGCUCUUCAUGCGGCGCCAGGACCUCAAGCAGCACGUGCUCACUCACACACAAGAACGCCAGAUCAAGUGUCCCAAGUGUGAUAAACUGUUCUUGAGAACAAAUCACUUAAAGAAACAUCUCAAUUCACAUGAAGGAAAACGGGAUUAUGUCUGUGAAAAAUGUACAAAGGCUUAUCUAACCAAAUAUCAUCUCACUCGCCAUCUGAAAACCUGCAAAGGACCCACCUCCAGUUCCUCGGCACAAGAGGAAGAGGAGGAGGAGGACUCUGAGGAAGAAGAACUAACAGACUCCGUGGGGACGGAAGACUGUCGGAUCAACAGUGCCGUGUACACAGAUGAGUCUCUCUCUGCACGGAAAUAAAAUCAAGAAGCAGACUGACUUUGGAUGGAGGAGACGAAAGGAGCAACACACAUAACCAGUUACCCACUACAGUGAUGUUUUAUAUAAAAUGGUUUCCCAUUUCCUUCCAGCCAGCCGCCAGAGCAGACUGCACAGGGGUGGAUAAAGCACUUACAGCGGAGUGUCCUCGUGAAGACACUUUAGGACAGGCGGGGGGGCGGAGAGAGCGUGUGUCCUGUUCUGAGAGUGACCGCCUUUGAUGUCUGUUCUUUAUUUACACGGUUAUCUGCCGCCGGGUCAGACUCACCAGCUUUAUUGCAGCUUCAUCUGUUUCCCUCACGCCCCUUUGACUUGGUGGCACUCUGAGCUGGGUCCCGGCCUCAGGCCUCACUGUCAUUCCGAUCGCUGUUCUGUGUUUUUGUGUUUUGCUUUUGCCCACCAGUGUGACUUAGACUCAACCCGAAACAUACUUGGGAGCCAGCAGUAUGAGUUCGGCACUGUGCGGCUCACAUGUGAAGCACUGUCUGUCCUAACUCCCCCUGGGGGGGCAGGGUAGUCUUGCUUCCCCAGAUUCCAGAUGUCUAAAGGCCCACACAGAAGUGUCCCCAAGCUUGGGCCCUGUGUAGGCAGUAGACCAAGAUGGAUAAAAGAGAGGGGAGGGGCUGGAGCGAUAGCACAGUGGGUAGGGCGUUUGUCUUGCACGCGGCCAACCCAGGUUCAAUUCCCAGCAUCCCAUAUGGUCCCCCGAGCACCGCCAGGAGUAAUUCCUGAGUGCAAGAGCCAGGAGUGUGACCC